CUUUCCUUCCCCUGCUAGAGCUUCUGUGUGUUCCAACACAGUGAGGAGAAUUACAACGGUUAUUUACAUUUACAUUCAUUUAUUUAUCAGAAAGUGAUUUACAGAUGAUCAAUAACAAGCGAUUUACCAGAGACAAUAAACACGAGAAGUAAAUCACUAUGGUGUCGUCUCUCAUAAAGUCUCUUCCUCUGAUCGUAGUGAUCAUGACUGCGGGGGUUGAUGGUCAGCAGGAUUGGAGAGUGAAUUACAGCCCUUCAUAUGUUUGUGCAUUAAAGGGAACAAAAGUGAAAAUAUCCUGUACUUUAACAUAUCCUCGUGGUCAUGUGAUCAGAACAGUCUUCUGGACCAAAACUGCUGGAGAAUCACCUGAUCUGUGUUCAGAUCCAGAGGAGAGAGGAGGGAUUCAGUGUUUGAGUGAAUAUAAAGACACCUCCAGCAUCACUUUGACGAAAGUAACAGAAGCUGAUAAACACGUCUACUACUGCAGAUUUACUACAAACAUUGAUGGUGGAAAAAGGACGGGGAUUCCUGGAGUUCAGCUUGACGUCACAGGCCUGCAGGUGGAGACACAGCAGAGAGUGAAAGAGGGAGAUUCAGUCACUCUGACAUGUAAAAGCAGCUGCUCUCUGCCUGAACAAACAACAUUCAUCUGGUACAGAAACACACAGAGAUUCACUGAAGGAAUUGAGAAAGAGAAUCAGCUUCAUCUGCAGUCAGUCAGUCGUUCUGAUGCUGGAAACUACAGAUGUGCUGUAAGAGGAAAUGAACAUCUGAUCUCUCCUGCUGUUCAUCUUGAUGUUGAAUCGGUUGAUGGUCUGCAGUAUUGGGGAGUGAAUUACAGCCCUUCAUAUGUUUGUGCAUUAAAGGGAUCAACAGUGAAAAUAUCCUGUACUUUAACAAAUCCUCAGAUUUAUAAACUCGUAAAAGCUUUCUGGACCAAACCUGUUGGAGAAUCACCUGAUCUGUGUUCAGAUCCAGAGAACAGAGGAGGGAUUCAGUGUUUGAGUGAAGAUAAAGACACUCACAGCAUCACUUUGACGAAUGUAACAGAAGCUGAUAAACACGUCUACUACUGCAGAUUUACAGAUUAUUAUCAGAAUAAAAGAUGGACAGUGAUUCAUGGAGCUUGGCUUGAUGUCACAGACCUGCAGGUGGAGACACAGCAGAGAGUGAAAGAGGGAGAUUCAGUCACUCUGACAUGUAAAAGCAGCUGCUCUCUGACUGAACAAACAACAUUCAUCUGGUACAGAAACACACAGAGAUUCACUGAUAGAACAGAGUAUCAGCUUCAUCUGUGGUCAGUCAGUCGUUCUGAUGAAGGAAACUAUCAGUGUGAAAUAAGAGGAAAUAAUGAUCAUCUGAGCUCUCCUGCUGUUUAUCUUAAUGUCGAAUAUCCUCCAAAGAGCGUCUCAGUGUCCAUCAGUCCGUCUGGUGAAAUAGUGUCAGGAGAUUCAGUGACUCUGAACUGCAGCAGUGAUUCAAACCCUCCUGCUCUGAACUUCAGCUGGUUUAAGGAGGAUGAAACCUCAGCUGUUGGAUCUGGACAGAGUUUCAGCAUCUCCAGCUUUAGCUCCAGUUUCAGUGGACGCUUCUACUGUGAGGCUCAGAAUAAAUAUGGAUCUCAGAGAUCAGCGUCUGUUUCUCUCACUGUUAAAGGGGUUCAGAGAGCUGCUCUGCACACAGUUUCUGGGAUCGUGGCGGGAUAUGGAGGAUUGAUCUUCAUCAUUAUCUUCAUCAUCAUCUUCAUUAUGUUCAUAAAGAAGAAGAGGAGAGAUGGUGGAGCUGAAGUUAUCAGACAAAAUCAGGAGGAUCGCUCUGACAGAUCAGCAGAAACGGCUCUGACCAAUGACGAUCCACUGUAUUCACUCGUAUCAGCCAAUCAGAGGGAUGAUCUGUAUGAAAACAUUAAACCCGAACGCUCCGGGAGAAAACAAACAGAAACAGACUCUGGAGAUGUUGGAGAGGUUCAGUAUGCCAGUGUCCAUCACUUCAAGAACAAAGACAUGAAGAAGACUGAAGAGAACGACUGUCAGACCAUUGAGACGCAUCAUCCAUCUGAAGCCAACAGGUCUGAGGAUGUGAUCUACAGCUCAUGCAAGUAAAGAUCGUGUGGUUUAUUGAUGCUGGAGAACUGGAUUUGAGUCCAGCACAGGUCAUGUUCUCAUUUCCCUCUUCUCUUGAUUUCACAUACACAUUUAUGGGACUGUUUUUCUGUUUGGAUAUGGAUGGAUUUCGAUUUAUAAUCAGCUCUUUUAUUACGAUCUUAAUUGAUUGUCAGUAUCACACACACACACACACACACACACACUGAUACCUGUAAUAGUCAAAGGUCUUUUAGCUCUCGCUUUGUACAGUCAGAGCAGAACAGAUGUUUCCUCUCGUCUCGUCAAACUGUCUCGUCAAACAAAUUUUAUUGCUAAAUUCAUUAAAUCUGAACAUUGUCAGAAAGUCUCCUUAUGACAUCAUUCUCAUGACAAUAUAACACAUUUUACACCAAACUCUCAUUACUGUAAUGUGCCGGGUAUUGUAUUUUUCAUGUUUUUCACAUCUGUAAUACAGUAAAAAAUACUUUAUAACUCUUUGUGUACUAUGUUAACUAACAAAUUUAAUGAAAAAUUAAAUGAGGAAAACAUUGUAAAACCAUCUUCCAAACCGUGUUUUUGCUUUAAAUCAUUAUGGUCUGUAAUAAUUAUUUAUAUUUUAGAGCUGUCAGGACAAGGUUCACAAAACAUGUUGAUAAUGCCAAUCUUUACACCAGUUUCUACUUUGUCUAUAAAUAGGCUAGCCAAGUUAUAAUAACUUACAUUUACCUGCUCACAUUUUUCAGGUCCAUAUUUAUUUUCUUAUUGAGAGUUUUGAUGUCAUUAGUGACAUUCACAUAAGGCGAUCACCUGUAACCAUGAACACAUCAGUAAUUACCAAAAUAAUGUUCCUCUGUACAGUGUUGUCAACUAUUUUCAAUGGAAAGCAGCUAAAGUCACUCAAAAAGUCGCUAAAUGCCGCUAAUGUCAGCAUUAUGUUCUGUUCAGUGUGUUUUUUCCUGUCAAAAUAAACUGACCUAGUUUCCAAGUCUGUGUCAGUUUCAUUUUGUUCACCUGGUGUUCAUUAAUUACCUCAUUAGUUCCCUCAUUUAGUGUGGUAUAUUUUCUCUCUGUUUUGUUCAGUUCUUUGUCCCGUCUUGUCAAUGUUAAGUGGUUGUGUUUUCCCAUUCUCCUGUGAUUCCCCUGCUGGAUUUAAUAAAGACUGUUUGUGUUUUGAUAUUCUCCUGUCGUGUUUAUACCCAGCCACACGUGACUUUACAUGUGUUUUAUUCAUAAAGCAUGAGAGGAGAGCACUGGGACUGUUAGGCUGCGUCCGAAACCGCCUACUUCUCUACUAUUUAGUAGGGGAAAAGCAGUAGGCGAGCGAAUAAGUAUGUCUGAAGCAAAAAGAGUAGGUGAAAAUUACCUGCGUGACGUACUAAUUCUCGCGAGAUUCGGACGUGCGCCUACUUAAAGUGCGUCCGAAACCGCCUACUUACCUAAUAUAUAAUAGGGGAAAGCAGUAGGCGAGCAAUAAAGUAUGUCAGAAACCUCAGUAAUCAUAAAAUAGUAGUCGAGGAGUUCCCGAAUGGCCUACUGCUUCCGCCCAGAUUCUGAAGUAUUCCUUGCUGGAUACUUUUCUAUCCCAGCAGGCCACGGGAGAGGAUACGUCAUAAUCGAACACGGAGGAGAAAAGCGGCGCGGAUGCUGUCAAAUGUGAGUAUUGAAAACCAAAAACACAUUUGCUGAACUACUGUAGAGUAAACUGCUGAAUGUGUAAAGAUGCUAGACACUAUUGUUGUGAUUUUGCAGUAAAAAUACAAUUUAUUAUGUAUAGAUAACGGGAUAAACACACCUUAAUUCUCCAAAGUGGAUUUACAUAUUCUAAACCAUAUACAUCUUAAAGAUGCUUACUAAAUGUUUAUUUAACAUCUGACACGAACAUCUUCUUCAAAUAUUAUGACUUAUGAGUGCUGGAUUAUGUAUUAUGAGUGAUGUGUGUGUGCUAUUAUUCACUGUUGUCAACACUGUUUACAUUACAUGAAUGAAAAUAAUGUAAAUAAACAAAUCUACAGUAACUACACAUAAGUUUAAUCUAUUUUAUUUGUCCAUUAGUAUUGUUAAUAAAUUAAGGAACAUUUGUAUUGGAUAAGAAGUGAGUUAACACAUCAUCAACAUGUGAAUGUAGAUUUGAGCACAUAAAUCUCAGAGGAAACGUGAAUCUUGUCUGAUGUUACAGGGACAGAUGAUCACGUGUGUUUAUCCGGUGGAGGAAUGAUGCCAUCAAAGGCUUUGAGUGAGGAUACUACAGAAAUGAAUACAAAGUGUAUUUAAAUCUAAAGUCUAGUUUAUUUUAAUUAUUGGAAUUUAAACAGACUUAUUACAGCACUUUUCUGAUUCUUGAUGUCUGUGCAUUUGCUUCAGAGCUUUUGUGGAGCAGGACCUGCAAGAAAAGCUGACGACAGUAUUUGUUAUAAAAAAAAAGAGGAAAACCUGAAACAAAAUAAAAAUAUAUAUAAAGUAAGUAACAAAAUAUAAAGUAAGAUCAUUUUGUUAUUUCUAAUACAGUGAAUGCCCUCAGACUGGUGAGAGCACUGAGGAUGGAGAGCCACAGCAGAUCCUGGGAAUGGUUCAGUGUUAUGGACGAGAUCCUCCAUCACUCCUCCUUCCAAGUGACUCGACCAAGGACACACUGGAGGAGACGCUGCAGAGAUCGAACCAGCAACCUUCUGCUGACCAGCUCAGUGGUUUAGACCACCACACCACAAAACUAAUGAAGCCAUGACAAGAAUUAGCAAUUGAAAAAUAUGAAAUGAAAUAUGCAAGAAACAGAAUGCUGACAUGAAUUAAUUGUAAAAUGUUUUAAUCUGCUGAUGGAGAGCACAUGAAUGUUUGCAGCAGCAGAUUGUCCCACACAUCUUCUCCCACUACUGCUCCAAGGUUGAGGGGUUCAGGGUUCCAUCAUCAUCAUCAUCAUCAUCAUCAUCAUCAUCAUCAUCAUCAUCUUCAGCAGUGAGGAACAUGAUGAUGAAGGUGUUCAUCAGCUGCUUGAUCAGAAUACAGCUGCAGAAUUGGCACAGCUGUGUUGAGAUGACAACAGGACUGUAAAUACCUGAUUGUUAGAUCAAUACAUUUGAAUAAAGCUUUGUUUCGUGUGUUGUUGACUUGUAUAUGCAUUUAUUUGUCAUUAUUACUUUUAUUAAUUCUUUACUUAUUAAUUAUGCUAUUAUCAGUAAAUGUAUAUAUUUUAAUAAGCAAUGAAUUAAUGCAUGAAUUGACUGUAAAUGGAGAUGUAUUCACAUCAGCUGUAUUUGUCUAGUGUGUGUUCAUGCACAGCUGUCAUAUAACUAAACAUUACAUUUUGCUUGUUUUAUUAAAGAAGUAAAAUGAAAAGUAAUAUAAUUAAGUUUUGGUCAGCAUU